UGUCAAAAAUAAGUUGACAAAUAUAAAUUAAAACCUUAUUUAACUUCUUAUGCUCUCUUCUCGAUUUAACGUUGCUUCUUCAUUAGAUCAAAAUGAAGUCCAAGAAGAAGAGGGAACCGAAAACAGCGAUUAUUCAAUUGAUGAAACCUUAACUGAAGAUUCCGAAGGAGGUCGUACGAUCGCAGCAAUAAAAGACAGCCUCAUUUUGCGUAGAAAGAAUAUUCAACAACAUUGCUUAUCGCAUAAACAAAUUAAUUCAAACUGUUUAAAAUUACCACCGAUUGCAGUGGGAUCAAAAAAAGAUGAUACGAAAGAUAUAAUAAAAGGAUUACCAUCGGAUUGGGUUGUUAACAAAAAGAAAUCAAAAAUAAUCCAUCAACUUUUAAUAAAGAAAGAAGCUGAUCAUGAAGCAACUUUAGAUACGAUGAGGGAGAAAAUGGCUAAUGUUAAUUCAAACGUAGAAGAUGAAAUAAGAUUAUUAGGAGAUAUAUACCAAAAGAAUUUCGAAACUUCGUUAAUAAAUAUGGAUGAGUCAUUAUCGAAUUUACGGGCUGCUUUUCACAACGAACAAUGUUUAAAACAAGAACAUUUUGAUAAAGCCAUCGAAGGAUUAAUGGAAACUUACAAACUGGAAAGUGAAAAAGUUGUUGUUUUAAUCGACAAAUUAAAAUUACGCGAAAAUCAAAGAAUCGAAGAAUUCAAAACGUUUCUUCAAGUUGCUUAUUUAAGAUUGAAUGAGAUUUGUUAUAAAACUCCGUUUGAAAUACAAGAGUUUUUCGUACAGGAAAUUCAAGAUGUUAACGAGAUCACUUUGAAUAAUUUAAGAUCGUAUCAAAAUUUGUAUUUAAAGCUUAGUUUAAAUGUAGAGAACGAAACUAGGAUGAGAUUACAAGAAAUCGAAAUGAUUAAAUUGAAUUGGAUUAAUUAUAUUAAAUUGACAGCUUUUACAAUAUUAAACGAAGAAAAUCUUUUCGGUGAGACUUUCGAAGCUACGAAAUCUAAGUAUCGAUUAGAUCCUAGAUUAAUCGAUUUAUUAAAAAGAACCAAGUUAACCGAUUUAGAUUUGGGCGAAUUACACGAUUGGAUUAAUCAAGUACAAAUUGUUGUACAACAAAUUGAUUGGUGUGCAAGAGAUAUAAUAAAAAGUUUUAGAACGGCUAUUCAAACAGUUUUUAAAAGUUAUUUUGCCGAUUUGAAAGAAAUCGCCGAGAAAAUACUAAAAUUGGGGGUAGUCGGUAAUAAUCCGAAAACCGAAGACAUCUUUACACCGGAAAUUUAUUGCCCAUCAAUAGCCGAGAUGGGUAAAAAAUUUCAAAAAAUGCUUCAAAAACUCCAAGCGAUGUGGGAUGCUAUUUCCAGUGAACUCCAUAAAGAACUUCAACUUACCUUUAUGUUUUUAAACACCUUUGCUAAUUUAUGGGAAGCUCAUGUUCUUAGAAUGAACGAAGCUCAAAGUUUAGUUGUAAAAGAUGUCCGAAAAUGCACCGAUAAUAGUUAUUUAGAUCUUUCAAAUGAGGAAGCAAAUAUAAAUGUAACUUUGGAUGUGUUAAGACAAGAACCAUGCGAAGAAAAUUUAAAUUUAAGUAUAGCAAUGUUUAAGAAAAGCUUAGACACCAUCAAUGAAAUGUACAACGCAAAUUAUGAAAAAGAAUCAAAAGUUAUGGAAGAUAAAUUGUUGAAGUUGGUAACCGUUGAAGGUGAACUACAUAAAGCAGAGUUAAUUAAUUUUUUGACCGUUAACGAAUCAUUUCGAGCUAAUGAAGAAGAAGAAGAGAUAGAAAAUGAUGAGUUUGACAGAAUUAGCGUGAUGCAAGAUGAACUUGAUUUAUACGAAAACGAAUUUUUGGAUAUAAAAGCUUGGAGAUCGAAGUUGUACUCAACGAUAGAGGCAUAUCUUAAUUAUUGCGAUGAAGAAUGUAGUAAAGCGUCGAGACUUUGGAUUGAACAAGAACGCGAAAAGUUUAAUUUACGCAAAAAUAUUUCGCAGAAUAUAAUACAUAAAAGUAGAUACAACAGGCUACAACCGGUGUUAUAUAACGUAAGAUUAGCUGAAUUAAAAGAACACACUCAAAGAUUUGAAAGUCAUACAGCAGGAAUUACAAAACAAAUUGAUAAUUUUUCCACAUUUUUCAAUACUUACCAAGAAAAUUACGAUAAAGAAGUUGAUGAUUUCACCGAAAAAUCCAAAACAACACAAUUAAAAUUACCUGAGGCUAAAAAUAGUCGCCAAAUUUUAGGAGAAAUUGUUGUAUAUAAUGGUCUAACCGAAAAAUGUACCAAAACUUUAAAAGAGUUAGAUGAAACUUUUCAUACAAAAUGUAAAGAUCAAAUUGGAAUAAUUUUAAAAUCAAAUUUCACUUUUAUAUCUUCAAUGAAAACGUUUGAAAACUACGGUAAUUUUCACCCGGAAGAAGUUAAAACCGCCGCAUCUGCUUUGAGUAAAUUAGAAAAAGGAUUUAAAAAGAAAUUAAAAGGUGUUUUUAAGAAAAGCUCGGGAAUAUUACAUAAAUGUUUAUCACGAGUUAAUUCCAUUCAAACGGCGACGAGUAAAAUGUUAGAAAAAUACCGAAUUGAACUUGAAUACUACGACCUAAUGGUAAAUACUCACAAAGAAGUUCAUUCUGAUAUUGGAAGAGAAGCUUAUUUAUUGAAAUGUCACCGGAAAUCGCUUUUUGGUUUAAUAGAUGAUGUAAAAGAGAAAUCUGAACCUUUUGUUAAAGAUGCAACUAGAAUUCAUGAGUUUAGAAGAUUAAUAAGGGUUAUGUUAAAAGAAACGACGCUAUUACGAAAGAGAUUUACGAGACCAUCUCAAGAAGAUGAUGGGAAAUUUAUUCAUUUAAAUCCUCCAAAUUAUUCGCAACAAAUUUUUGAUUAUGAACCGAUCCAAGAUGAAGAAACCUUUUUAGGGAAGAAUCAAUUUUUAAUACAAAACUCCUUCAAAACCAUCCAAGAAGCUUCCAAGAUAUUUUAUGAACAAAACGAACCCAAAAGCUUUAUCACUGAAAAUAAAAUUUUGCCAUCAUAUGAUGAUUUUGUAGCAACAAAUUUACCAACAUAUGUUUAUUAUUACGUUCAAUCUGAAAUGUUUUGGUUACAAGAAUUACAAUUGUUUAUAACGAAAUUAAACGAAACCAGUUUGUUUAUAAAAGUAAUCUGUAAACGAUUAUUGGAAGAGUACAAAAACAAAAUGACCAAAGAAAUUAAAGAGAUUCAUCGAUUAUUCAUAAAACGUCUCGGUGAAGUUAAUUUCAAACAAAACGAUAUUUUCGAUAAUAUUCAUAAGAAAUUAUUGGUUUUACACGGAAAUCCAAAAAAUCAAUGUCUUUUGGAUGAGUUGGAUGAAGAAAUGAAUGGGUUUUUCGAUGAGUGGAGAAAUAUAUUUUUACCAUCUUUAGAGUUUUGUACUUGUGAUCUAAAAGAUAUGCAAAAAACGUUUAAAUCAACGUUAGAAGAAUACGCAAGCUUAGCAACAGAAGCUUAUACAAUGUUUAACGAAGAAACCAAUGUGAAUCAACUACAAGAAGAGUAUUCGAGAGGUGAAGAAUUUCUCGAAACGUUUGCAAAAGGAAUAGUAAAAUUAGAAGAGAGCUUAAAUUCAAAAACGAGUGAAACACCGACAGCAUGCAUAAAUUUAAAUAAAUUUCGCGAAAAAGUAAAAAAAAAAUAUGAAUUUGACGACGUAUCUUCUUCUUUUACUUCGUUCGUUAAAAGCUCCGAGUAUGAUGUAACUGAUGAUUUAAUCGAUAUUGGAAAUGCUGUUAAUGCGUAUGAAGUAGAAAGGUUGUAUAUUCUUUUAGCGUUACAAACUGAGGAUAGUGAAAAUGUGGAACGAUUGGAAAGAUGGAAAGUACAGUGGGCAAACGAGAUUGAAAAAGUUAAACAAAUAUAUACCGUUAAAUACGAUUUAUCUCAAAAUUCCCAAGAUGAAUAAAUUAUAAAUUUUUUUUUUAA